AUGUCCAGUGAUGGGUCUUUACUCCGCUUUUUCAAUUCAGAAUAUUUCACAUUAGAGCAUCUUCUAUAUUAUUUACACAAGCGUGAAGAGCCUGGAAUUCGCAGUUUUCUUGUCAAUAAACUCUACACAUUCCCUCUUGAAGAUAUUUCUUUUUAUAUUCCACAGCUCAUGAAUCUUAUAAUUGAAAGACAAGACUCAGAAGAUUUAGAGCGAUUUUUUUUAGAAUCUAGCAUCAAAUCUCACGAUUUUGCAAUAAAAUUUUACUGAUUUUUAAAUGGUGCCUUAAAUGAUGAAAUUCCGAAUAAACAAGAUAAACUUGAGCGUAUAAGCCAUGACUUAGAAAUGGUUAUUGUUAAUGCUACCCUUCCUAAGCAAAGCAAUUCAACAGAGACUCCACAUUUAUUUCCUCUUGAUCUUAAUCAGAUUAUAUUAUUAUAAGUUUGAAUGGGUCUUCGGGCCCCUCUCUGCCUUCGCCAGCUUCAAAAUUCUUAUCCUAGGCAUCGGUUUUCUCUAGCACCCUUUCUAUAGAUGUCACCAAAAAAAGGUGGCUUCGCCAUCUCUCAGGGAGACGCACCCAGACAAUUUCUUGGACAACUCCUAGUAGUCAGCAUGAUCUAUCUGGGGAUGGAGAUAGAACACAAUUCUGAAUCCUCCUUCUGAUACCCAUUACCUUCGUACUUAGAAGUGUGGAGUUUUCACAUAUGGAGUCGGUUUCCUUGUCUAUAGUACUAUAGUACGGAGUAAAAAUCCCGUGGCGGUGUCCCGAUCAGGGAGAAAAAGCCACACCGGGCACAAGUUCCAGGCUUUAGACCCAAAUCACGAGGGUAUGGGAGGGAUUGGUCGGAUAAGUCACCAUUUAUUUGUAUAUCUUGAUCUUGAAGAAUCAGAAAUCGAAAAAUUUUCAAGAAAAAGUAUCAGGAAUGACUAUUUCAACUAUCAGCAAAAAUCAAUAGGACUAUUAUGCAAAAUCUCAGUCGCACUAUUAACAAUCCCACUUGAGCAAAGAAAUGAAAAGUUAAAAAAUUGGCUUUCAGGGAUGGACAGCUGGCUAAAAGAAACCAAACAAAAAUACCAUGAUGGCAUUUAUUCAGACUACGCUAAAAGAAUUUUUCGAGGAAUUUUUAUCCCGUUUAAAUUUGUUGAAAAUCCUGAUAAAGAAAUAAGCCAAGUUGUAAAAAUCAUUAGUGAGGAGUCAUGCUGCUUCUGUACAAAAGCAAGAGUUCCUUAUAAGCUGUUAAUGGAAACAGUAGAAAUGAGUGAAAUAGAGCCAACUAUGACAGACCGUAUUCAGAUAGAAACCAAUGGAGUUAAUAUUACAGUUGACCAAGAAGUAGAAGAAAUUGAUGUCAGUCAAGUUGAUAAAAUGGUAAAUAAAGAAAAUGAGAGGUUUCAAGGGUUUGAAGAUUACGCUGAAGAAGUCCAAAAAACAGAAAGGGAAGGAAACAGUGUUGUCGAGGAUUCAGAAAAUAAUGUCAAUAAUUCAAGUGCUCCAGACAGCCCAUGAGGGGAGUCUUGGUCAGAAUUAUCAAAAAGAAUAAAAAAUAAUUCGUCGUUUGGGCAGUAUAAUUCUUGAAAGCUGAGAGCAAUAAUUGUUAAAGGACUUGAUGACCUUCGGCAGGAAUAUCUUGCAAUGCAAUUUAUAAAAAAAUUGAAGCUGAUUUUUGAUGAAGCCCAUCUCUCAAUUUUUUUAAGGCCUUAUGACAUUUUAGUUGUGUCGCACAAUAUGGGGAUGAUUGAAUUUAUGCCUGACACCCUUUCUAUACACGCAAUUAAAAAAAAUUCAAAAAAUUAUUCUUCACUAUUAGAUUUUUAUUUGACGACAUGGUCGAAUAAUUUUGAAGAAGCCCAAAAAAAUUUUAUUGAUAGUUUAGCUGGAUAUUCGCUUUUAUGCUACAUCUUAAACAUUAAGGAUCGUCAUAAUGGGAAUAUCUUAAUUGAUGGAGCUGGCCAUAUAAUUCAUAUAGAUUUUGGCUUCCUAUUCACAAACAGCCCAGGAGGUAAUAUUAAUUUUGAAACAGCCCCAUUCAAGCUUACAAAAGAAAUGAUAGAACUUAUGGGUGGGAUGGACAGCGAAAUGUUUAGAUACUAUAAAUGCUUGCUUAUACAAGGGUUUUUAGAAUUAAGAAAACACGUUGAUAAGCUAGAAAUUCUAAUUUCUAUGAUGGCUCCUGGAAGAAAGUUACCUUGCUUUAGAGAUUUUGAUAGAGCUGUUCAUGAAUUUCGAGAAAGAUUCCAUCUGAGUAAAACUGAUGAAAAAUGCAUAGCGUUAAUUGAUUCACUAGUCUAUAAUGCAGCUAAUAAUUGGAGAACAAAUAGAUAUGAUGCAUUUCAACGAUACAGUAAUGGGAUUCUAUAG